GCACUGAUAGGUGGCACUCACUAGCAUUGAUAGGUGGCACUGACUGGCACGGAUGGGUGACACUGAAAGGCAGCUCUGAUGGGCACUGAUAUGUGGCAUUGAUGUGGCACUGAUGGGAACUGAAAUGUGGCACUGAUGGGCACUGGCAGGUGGCAUGGAUGAGCACUGAGAGCUGGCACUGAUGGACACUGACAGGUGGCACUGCUGGGGCUACACAGAUCAUCAGGGCACACUGAUCAUCAGUGCCCUGAUGAUCUGUGUACAUGUCCCCUCCGAGGAAUGCCGAUUACCGGCUCUCCUCUCCUCUGUCAGCAUGACAGCUCGUGAUCAGCUG